AUGAGGGCGCCCGCGCUGCUGCCGCCCGCGCUGCUGACCUGCUGCGGCUGGCUGCUCGGCCCGGUGAACAGCAUUCACCCAGAAUGCCGAAUUCAUCUGGAAAUACAGGAGGAAGAAACCAAAUGUGCAGAGCUUCUAAGGGCGCAGACAGAGACAUACAAAGCCUGCAGCGGCGUCUGGGACAACCUCACGUGCUGGCGUCCCGCAGACCUGGGUGAGACCGUCACGGUGCCCUGCCCAACGGUGUUCAAGGUGUUCAACAGCCUUCACAGCAAACCAGGAAACAUAAGCAAGAACUGCACUAGUGAUGGGUGGUCGGAGACAUUCCCGGAUUUCAUGGACGUGUGCGGCUACAGUGACCCCGAGAAGGGGAGCAAGAUCACGUUUUAUGAUCUGGUGAAGGCCAUUUACACCCUGGGAUACAGUGUCUCUCUGAUCUCCCUUACAACCGGAAGCAUAAUUCUUUGCCUCUUCAGGCGGCUGCACUGCACCCGGAACUACAUCCACCUGAACCUGUUUCUGUCCUUCAUCCUGAGGGCGGUCUCGGUGCUGGUCAAGGACGACGUCCUGUACUCUAGCUCGGGCACCCUGCACUGCCCCGACCAGCUGUCCUCCUGGGUGGGCUGCAAGCUGAGCCUGGUGUUCUUCCAGUACUGCAUCAUGGCCAACUUCUACUGGCUGCUGGUCGAGGGGCUCCACCUGCACACCCUGCUGGUGGCCGUCUCCUCCCCCCGCCGCCUCCAGGCCUACCUCCUGAUCGGCUGGGGCAUCCCCACCGUGUGCACGGGCGCGUGGACCGCGGCCAGGCUCUCUCUGGAAGACACGGGCUGCUGGGAUACCAACGAGCACAGUGGUCCCUGGUGGGUCAUACGAGCACCGAUUUUAAUCUCUAUCGUAGUCAAUUUUAUCCUUUUCGUGAGCAUCUUACGAAUUUUACUACAGAAGCUGACGUCCCCAGAUGUUGGAGGCAGAGAGCAGUCACAGUAUAAGAGGCUGACCAAGUCCACCCUGCUGCUCAUCCCGCUCUUCGGCGUCCACUACAUGGUGUUCGCUGUGUUUCCCAUGGGCAUCUCCUCCAAAUACCAGAUCCUGUUCGAGUUGUGCAUGGGAUCCUUCCAGGGCCUGGCGGUGGCCGUGCUCUACUGCUUCCUCAACAGUGAGGUGCAGAGUGAGCUGCGGAGAAAGUGGGGAGUCCUGUGCCCGAGCCAGCCCUCCAGCCGGGGCGACAGGCUCCAGAGCCUGUCCAUCUCCAGGAACGGCUCGGACAGCACCCUGCAUUUCCACCGCGGCUCCCGCGCCCCGUCCUUCCUGCAGACGGAGACCUCGAUCAUCUAGCGCCUGCCCAGCCCGCCCGCGUGCUGGAGCCGAAGUGGGGCGUGGGCCCGAGUGCCGGGGGUCCACGCCAGCUCAGCACUCCGGUCUCCCCUGACCUUUCCAUGGAGCUGGGCCUCGUAACGCGACGAGGACCCGGAUCUGGUUAUCGCUACAUUUACACACGUAGGCGAUUUUGUUCAUGAUGUUGGGCUGUGUGGAUGGGCCUGUCCCGAAGAGAAUAGGGGACACCGAGUGACCCCCGAGACGAGAUGCACUGGCCCAGACCUGAGUCCAGCCGCUGCGGAAGGAAAACGAUGCCUUUCUAACCUGGAUGCCUGUCCUUGGCGGGGAGCCGGGUCCCCGGUGCAUGGCCCCUUCACGGCCCCCGCCUGGGGCCCACAGGGCGGACGCUGGUCUGCGGGACAGAGAAGCCCACUCUGCAACGUCGUCCCGCGAGCGAGGCGGGUUCCCCAUCCUGGGCCUCCUUCUCCCCGCUUCCAAGGCCACAGCAGCUGGGAGCAGCAUGUCCCCACUGAGGGAUCUGUGCUUCGGGGGGGCCUCUACCACUGAGCAACACCCCAGGGGGUCACUUCAGGCCCCUUUACCCAAUAGGCCCCUGGUCGUCAGGG